AUGUCAGCGUUCAACCCGUUUCGUGUCAAGAAUGCAGACGGCAGCUCCGCUAGCGCGACCAAACAGCUUCAGAUUGCUGGCAAAGAUGUGCAGCCGGGCGAGUUUUUCAAACCGCUCCCUCCACUGCAGCAGCCUCGCCCUCAUUCUCAUAGUGCCUCCACAACUCAGACCCCCGAGACCGAAGCGUCGAAUUCCUCGACCGUGAACAUUGUGAAUCCUUUCGGCCCUGAUCCAUCGACGGACGACCCCACCCCCAGUGCUGCUGAAGAUGGCUCGUCCAUCGCACCGGUCUCAUUUCCAAGUCCGUCCGCAGAUGGUCUUUCUGCAGGGCCACUAGAGAGAAGACCUAGUGAAUCUGUUCCAGAUAGUCUGCCAUUGAGUAGUCCACCAGGACAAGUCUCAUCGUCAGAUAGGCGAGAAAAUAAUUCAUCAUCGCGUGUGAGCCCAACUGGGGGCACAACGCAAAGACCGCGGUCUCUGCUCGAGGCUGGCACCAACACCUCGUCUUCUGGUCGAUCGAGCAAAGACAAGAAGCCACCUCCUCCCCCGAGAAACCAUCAUGGCAGAAAGAUCAGCACCAUUCCGGACUCUGCGACAGCUAUGAGCAAGUCCGCCGCCCUGUCACCCCAUCCAUCGCCAUCUCGAUCGAAUCACCGCUUCUCUUACCAUGUUCCGAGCCCCGAGGGUCAAAAACUGUCUGUUCAUCAUUCAGACAUGACAAACUCGAGACCUAGCAGUGAAGAUAUGGACCAUUUCUCGCCCACAACCUCCACCGUGGAGUCGCCACAAGCGCCUGUGCCAGACUCCGAUCCUCCCGCCAAUCCUGUCCAUCGCAGCGGCUCGCAGCGAUCGCAGCGAAAGCGCCCACCAACACCGCCCAUCAGCCGUCGACAGAGCCAGAUUGGACGGGGCAACUUUUCCCAGUCGAAACCAAGCGGAGGUCUGCUGGUUCUGUCGCCACUAGAUUCUGAGACCCUGGAGAGAUCGAGGCCGCCUAGUCCCGGCCCCUCGGCGAGGUCUCCAACCCCUAGUGCAGCUGACCGCAAGCGCUUCAGCAUGCCACCCAUUCCUCCCGCGAAAGCGUACGAGAAGGGGGGCGAAUCACGACUCCCUGGGGCUCCGCUGCAGAGAGAGUCCCUCUCUCCCACUCCGGCCGGGGCCCGCUCCAAUGCAUUGUCACAUAAUCGCCGUGCGUCCUCAUACAAUGUUCCUAUGAGCAGUAGCUCGUCGUCUUCGAGUGUACCUCCACCCCCACCGCCUCCUCGUCGUGCGCGGGACCCAAGCGCCCGCAGUAGCGAGGGGAGGCCAGCGUCGCAGGUCUCAGCAACGGAGGAGGUACCCUUGCCGCAGCCGUCUAAUGCGACGGACAUUCUGGCCGAUCUUACGCGGCUGCAGAAGGAAGUUGAUGAUUUGCGUGGUCAUUAUGAGAAUCGCAAAGUCAGUCCAUGA